UUCCCUCUCCACGCGCGCGCACACACACACCCCCGGUGUAUUUUUAGGUCACUGGAGUGGAGGGGUAGGUAAUCCCCGGGCUCAAGUUCCAGAGGGGGCGUGUCCCGGCCGGAGGUGGAGUCGCGCGUUUCAUUUAAAUCCCCGGCUAUAAAAUGGGCUCAAGGAGAAGCGGGAUCUCAGCGGCGAGGGCUCUAGUCUUGCCGGAGAGGAGUGGUCGCCUGGAGGCCGGCGGGAGGGCGCCCCUGCGGCCAGCGUGCGCGCCGCCCGGCCCCGAGGCCGCCGCGAUGCUGCACUCCGUGGGCGCCCACACCUGGCAGGCGCUGGCCCAGGUGGCCGCUUGCGUGCUGCUGCUGCCCCGCUUCCUCCUGACGGCCGUGAUGCUCUGGCUCCUGGAUUUCCUCUGCAUCAGGAAGAAGCUCCUGGUGGCUGCAGCCCAGCAGCAGCAGGAGGAGGAAGAAGAGGAGGAGGAGGAGGCGGCACUGGCGGGGGCGCAGGCGGCCGGCCGGGGCUCCCCUCCGGACGACCCCCCGCUUUGCGUGUCGGACUCCAACCGCAUGUUCACGCUGGAGUCGCUGAAGGCCGUGUGGCACGGGCAGAAGCUGGACUUCUUCAAGGCGGCGCACGUGGGCGCGCCGGCGCCCAACCCGGAGGUGGUGCAGCUGGACGGGCGCACGCGGCUGCGCAUCCUGGACUACGCGCGGGGCGCGCGGCCGCUGAUCCUCAACUUCGGCAGCUGCACCUGACCGCCCUUCAUGGCGCGCCUGCGCGCCUUCCGCCGCCUGGCCGCGCGCUUCGUGCACCUCGCCGACUUCCUGCUGGUCUACAUCGAGGAGGCGCACCCGUCCGACGGCUGGGUCAGCUCCGACGCCGCCUACGACAUCCCCAAGCACCAGUGCCUGCAGGACCGGCUGCGCGCCGCCGCGCUGCUCCUCCAGGAGGGCGCGCCCGCCUGCCCGCUGGCCGUGGACACGAUGGACAACGCCUCCAGCGCCGCCUACGGGGCCUACUUCGAGCGCCUCUACAUCGUGCAGGAGCGGAAGGUCACCUACCAGGGCGGCCGCGGGCCCGAGGGCUACAAGAUCGCCGAGCUCCGCCGCUGGCUCGACCGCUACCAGAGCCGCCUCCAGGCCGGGCCCAGCACCGUGGUCGUCCAGGUGUAAGCAGGAGGAGGAGGACGGGGCCCCGCGCCCGGAGGGUGGGGGGGAGUUUGCAUUUGCAGUGCAAGACGCGUGCCCAGAGACUGGUCGCGAUUCGAAUCAUGUUGAUUUGCAGGACUCCUCUUUCUGGAUUCCAAAUGCGCUGUUUGGGUCGGACUUUUGUAUGUUUUGCAUGUAAAUCUCCCACUGGGUCCGAAUGUUGGGUGGCUGCUCUUUUUUUCCCCUUUUAUGGGUGGUGGGAAUGAGUGGAUCUCCCACUGGGUCCAAAUGCAUUGUUUGGGUGGGCGCUCCCCUCCCCCCUUGUUGGUUGUGUGAAUGUGCAAAUCUCUGUGUGGAUCUGGGGGGAGGGGAGGGAAGAGGUUUACGAGUUCUUUUAUGGAAGUUUGGUGGGGGGGGGGUGUGCUUGUUUGUGUGGCUGUCUUCCGUGAGAUCUGUCACCUGUGUGAGUCUGAGAGAAGCGUUUGACCUGCCCUGGCGGUCUUGUGCCUCCGGAGGAGAAAAACCCCUUUGCUGGGAUUUCUAGUGUUUCUUUGUGAUGACCGGUUUUGAAAUGGUGAAUCCAGUGCCAGGAAACCGAGUCUGAUGAUCCGAGAUGCUAGAAUCGCGGAGGGGGAGGAAGGGAAGUUGCACAAAACGUUUAUUUAUCUGAUGUUUGAGUUGGUUUGUCGGACACUUCUGUAAGGUGCUCAUCGGUGUCUUUUUAAUGAACUUUUUAUAACAUUAUUAUUAAUAAUAAAAGGUAUUGAAUAAA